GUUUGCCAAAGCCCAGACACAUCAUCUCUCAGCCCACCCCUCGGACGUUCCCUCAGCGACACCCCGCCUCCUCCCAGUGCGCCUCUCCAUCCUUCCAUGAUUGGAUCUGCUAUGACUUCUUCGGUGAACUCUCCGCUCGGAAGCUUGGGCUCCCCGUUUCCUGUUAUCAACCCCUCGAUGUCCCCUGGAAUCCCAGGCACUCCUUCUAUAGGAUACGGACCUGUCAGCAGCCCUCAGAUAAAUUCUACCGUUCUGUCCAGUCUGCACCCAGUCAGCUCCUCUGAAGAUGUGAAGCCCCCACUGGGGAUGAGAGCCAUGCAAGGACAUCCCAACGGAGGAGGAGCCAGUGGGAAAAGGUUGUGCGCCAUCUGCGGAGACCGCUCCUCUGGGAAGCACUAUGGGGUGUACAGCUGUGAAGGAUGUAAGGGCUUCUUCAAGCGUACUAUCCGCAAAGACCUGACCUAUACCUGCCGGGACAACAAGGACUGUAUUGUGGACAAGAGACAGAGGAACCGCUGCCAAUACUGCCGUUAUCAAAAGUGUUUGGCCACUGGCAUGAAGAGAGAGGCUGUACAGGAGGAGCGCCAGCGAGGCCGAGAGCGGGAAGGAGAUUGUGAUCUUGGUGGAACCAUAAACGACGACAUGCCAGUGGAGAAGAUUCUGGAAGCUGAACUGGCCGUAGAACAGAAGAGCGAUCAAAGCCUCGAAGGCGGUGGAUCUCCAAGUGACCCAGUUACUAACAUCUGUCAAGCUGCUGAUAAACAACUUUUUACUCUUGUCGAAUGGGCCAAGAGGAUACCCCAUUUCUCUGAGCUGGCGCUGGACGAUCAGGUCAUUCUGCUUAGAGCUGGAUGGAAUGAAUGAGCUCCUCAUCGCCUCCUUCUCCCACCGCUCCAUUUCUGUGAAAGACGGCAUCCUGCUGGCUACUGGACUCCACGUCCACCGCAAUAGUGCACACAGUGCUGGGGUGGGGGCCAUAUUUGACAGAGUGCUUACUGAACUUGUGUCUAAGAUGAGAGACAUGCGCAUGGAUAAGACUGAACUCGGCUGUCUGCGAGCGAUCAUUUUGUUUAACCCAGAUGCCAAAGGACUGUCUAAUCCAGGUGAUGUGGAAGUCCUGAGGGAGAAGGUCUAUGCAUCAUUGGAAUCGUACUGCAAGCAAAAAUACCCUGACCAGCAAGGAAGGUUUGCAAAGCUACUUCUCCGCCUUCCUGCCCUGCGCUCUAUCGGUCUGAAAUGUCUGGAGCACCUCUUCUUCUUCAAGCUCAUCGGAGACACUCCAAUAGACACCUUCCUGAUGGAGAUGUUGGAAGCCCCCCACCAGCUGUCUUGA